ACUACUCCUUCAGAGCCGUGAAGACGAUUGAUUGAGGAUAUAGCUUGCUCUAUACUGUAGCUAGUUCGGUAGAAGUCAAGAGAGCGAGAUGAACGUCAACUCCUCUGAAGUUAGCGAUGGUGCUGCAGGGAAUGGUCCUGAAGAUGGUGUCUCGAUGUCCCUCCAGGAGAAACUGCAACCGGCCAUCUCAUUGCUCUUCCCACGAACCGAUAAAGACAAGACAUUGAGCGACAGGAAGCAUUUGCUACGUUACUUUGAGGAGAAUGAUGUUCAAGACUUGAGUGAUUUGGCCAAAUUUGAUCUUCUGUUCUUGAUGGAAAACUUGGCGACGCAUCGACUGAACCAUCCGUCUGUCUGGUCGCCACUGGCUCAAAUUUGCGAGUACAUUGCCACCUUUGGAACCGACCGCUUUCUCGAGUUGAUUAAUGCCAACACUCGUACCGAACAGCAUGUUUCCAAAAAGCAACGAUUGCUGCAAGGCAAACCAAACGUUUCGGUCGUCCGAGCCGACAUGGAAGCACAACUCAAAGAGUUCCACAGGCGUUGCAAACAGAUACAGAAACCAUGUCACGCUCGCAUCCUGCAAAUGACACCCGCUCAGCUGCAAGAAUUGUCCAUGGUACAAGCACGCAAUUGCCUGCGAACUUUGUUUCGUGACGCCAAUCCCUGGGUUAUGAUGAUGUACCAACCACCAGAAGACGAGCCAAAUUUCCCACACCAAAUUGUUCUGACACUUCUCCAACGCUUUCCUCUCUUGGCAUCAAUCUCGUACCACGUUGAGGAUGAUGGUUAUUUGCAUGCGGGCAUGUAUCCAUUACAUUUCUUUGCCUGGUGUGGUUGCUAUGACAAGGCAGUUGUGGAACAGAUUUUGCAGUACUAUCCUCGAGUUUUGUACAAAAACAAGGAGGGAAUCAUUGAUUUCUUAGAAGCGGCCUAUUCGCUCCAACAUGGUCGCAUUCCACUCCGAUGCUUCCAAAGUCUACUCUCCGUUCUUCCCCAACCCGCGCACGGCAGAAAUGACUAUGACGAAAACAUGUUGCUAUUGGAACGAUUGAUCAACUUGAAGUAUGGGGCGGAUGUCCUCGACUAUGUCUACACGUUUUUGUCGCAGGAUGUCGAUCGGUUAACCUUGACCAAUGCCUUGCAGUUAAAUUGGAGUCUCGGCAUACAUCAGGCACAAGUCGCCAACAAGGUGAUUCCACGCGUAAGGCAACUCGAAUUGGAUCCCUACGAAUGGACCCCGGAAGGAGCCGCCACCAUUCAACAGCAUUUGGCUACCCAAGACCACGCCAAGUUGGAAUCGUUGACGAUGUCCGUCUUUUUAAGUGAUGAAGAAAACGACAAUGACACUACCUUUGCCACACUCUUGCACAAAAAGACCAACGCGCCCGCUACCAAACACUUGAAUCUGAAAGGCCGCCUCCAUUUCAGACGACCUAACCCCAAUGAGCAUGUUAGAGACUUCAUCAUUCAAGAUCGUGGAUUGCGACAGAUUGCCAGCGUGAUAUCGUCGACUACGUCGGAUUGGAAAUUGGACACGUUGACGCUGGAACGGUGUAGUGUGACAUUGGAGUUUGUCCACACGCUAUUUACAGAUUCGCAAGAUCAUAUUGGGAGCUUGGAUGUCCAGCUCGAUGGCCAGAAAUUCGCCUGUCCGUGGGAACCUAUUGACGAAACGGCAACGCAAGAACUCCGUUUGGGACGACUCAACCUGUACAACAUAAGGUUCCCAUCCACAGCCUGUUGGAAGGCGUUUUGGCGGGGGGUAUCUAGACUCUCCAAACUGCAGUGUUUGAUGCUGGCACCAGGAGAACGCGGGAAUACUGUCGAAUGGAUCGACACUGCUUUGACGUGCUGCUCCACAAUGUUCGGGUUGACGACCAUCUGUCUGGGUCCACACACCAAUGAUCACGUCAGUGUCGACAUUACCAGGCCAUUGUUGGACCUGCUUCAUCACAAUACUCGAUUGGAAUUCCUUCAGGUGGAGGGAUCCUAUGAAUACACAGAUGGUACCAUCGGGUGUCUGUCCUACCAAAUCCAUGUGGAAAGGCUCUGUGAGGCAUUGGCACGCAACAAAUCACUUCAGUUCUUGUUCUUGCGGGGAGUUCAACUUGUGGGGACCAACAUAUCUCAAUCCUUCUUGCGAGUGCUGCGGGACUGCAAUAACACCACCUUGGAGUUUGCCGACAUUUGUGAUGACCAGCAUUUCUACACUAUCAUACCCAAAGAUUCCUGGCGUCGCGAUGUUCAUCACGGGUUUACCUAUGAAAGUUAUCCCGAUGCCUGGCAAAUCUACUACUUGACCAGUUUCAAUCGUUUUGGCCGUGGCAAGGUCCAAGACAAGGCCACCAAGGCGGCAGAGUUUGUCGAUUUGCUGGUCAAUAUACAUGGUGGUGUGGGCAUGUCGGACCAGGAGCGACAAGUGCAUGAUGAAAUCGUCAGGGUGGCGCAUCAUGCACAAAGGGAAAACCCGGCUGGGCUCGUAAACACCCUCUAUGGUCUUCUCGGCAAAGAUCCUGAGUUGUGGUGCAAUGCUGUCAAGCGCAACAUUGAAGCGUUUAGCCAUCGAUAUGGUUUGCUUCGUGAAUCGCCGGGGCUAUGGUGUGGCAAGUAGUGGGAUGGCUUACAUAUAUAUAUGUUCAGGGUAAGAUGACAAAUAAGAAAGGAACCUUUUCAUCAUUUUGUUUCUGCAGUAUUAGGGU